AGUCAGCCGGUGCCAUCUUCAGGCUGGCCGGCUAUGUCUGUACCCAUCUAGCCAUCCCCUUUAGGCCUCCAUCACAAAGCAGUGUUGUCUGAAAAAUUAGUGUUAGUUGCCAAAAAGAAUUAGAGGGCCGGAGCGGAGUGGGUCGGCGACCAGGCGGCGGAGGGAUGGAGGCCGCGGUGGUGAGCGCUCUGAUGACUAACAUAGUUGCGAGGCUAUUCGCCGUGCUAGAGAAGAGAUACGACCAGUUGAGUGCCCUGCAUGAUGAUAUCGAUUCUAUGAAAGCGGAGCUUCACCUGAUUGCUGGUGCUAUGGAGGAUCAGCUCUCGCAGAAGGGGCACACCCGUGCUGUAGAGCGCAUAUCCAUGACUGUAAUGCGGGAAUUGGCAUUUGACAUCGAGGAUUGCCUGGACCGGUUCCUUCCUUGCGCUGCAUGUGGAGAAGAAGCGGGGUCAAUCGGUGAUCCCGUGUACUUUGUUGAUGAGAUUCAGAAACUGAAGAAGCGGCUGGAGGGGGCACAUCAGCAGAAAACCAAUUACGGUGUCAAGGGCGGCCAGCAGCAAGAUUCCCAAGAUCGUCAGGGGCAUCCAAUAGCUUCCCACGAUGCGGACACAUUUGAGGAACAUCAUCAUCAUCAUGUGGGCAUCGAGAAACCCAAGCAGGAGGUUGUGGAUUUGCUAGAGGUGGAGGGGGAGAAACUGAUGGUGAUAUCCAUCGUCGGAUUUGGCGGCUCCGGAAAGACGGCACUCACAAAGGCAGUGUAUCACUGCCCUCAAGUCCGCCGGAAAUUCCUUCGCCGUGCCUGGAUUGUGGCGUCCAAGCACAAAGACGACGCCAAGGGGCUCUUGACAGCGAUACUACAGCAGCUUCUUCCAAGCGAAGCACCAGCAGUGCUACCUACACAACAAGUCCCCCAGCUCCAGCAACACAUCAUACAUCAUUUGCAAGCUAGAAGCACAAGGUGCUUAAUUGUAAUUGAUGACAUGGAGCAUCAGCAUUGGAAGGCAAUAGAACCUAUCAUUUAUGUGGAAACAUUAAGCAGAAUACUAGUGACGACAACAAUUCAUUCCGUAGCAAAUAAAUGCAGCUCUGUUGGCGGCUAUAUUUACAAUAUGAGAACCCUUAGUAAAGAGGACUCUAAGGUUUUGCUAAAGAAGAAGGUUUCUUUAUUGGGAGGAUCUUCACCUGAUUUGGAGGAUGGUUCGGCUGCAAUCGUAGACAAAUGCGAUGGGCAUCCUCUUGCUCUCGUCAGUGUGGCCAACCAUUUGCUAGGAGAAAGUGAGCUCACAGGAAAGUUCUGCAAAGAUACCAGCAGCUGCCUAGGUUCUCAUAUGGACAAGAACACGCAUGGAGAUUUCACAAAACUUCGACAGGUUCUGGUGAAUAAUUACAGCAGUCUGUCUGGUGGUCUCAAGACAUGUUUACUAUACACAAGUUUAUUCCCAAAUGACCGCCCCGUCAGCAGGAAAACUCUAACCAGACGAUGGUUAGCGGAAGGAUACAUAGAUGGUGACCUUGAGGCUGCAGAUAAGAAUUUCAAGGAACUGAUUGACCGGAAUAUCAUCCAGUCCAUCGAUGAAAGCAACGAUGGAAAAGCAAAGACGUGCAAACCUCAUGGUAUCAUGAACCAGUUCAUGCUGCACAAGUCCAUGUCUUGUAAUUUCAUCACAUCUUUUGGUGAUAAGAACAGGAGGCGGUUCCGUCACCUAGUCAUUGAGAAUCAUACAAAUGAUACAACAUCUGGCAUGGAUCAUGUUGCUGUUCCAACUUCACGUAGCCACAACCGCCUCCACAAUCUCGUUGACUCUCUUAAAGGAAAGUUUGCUAAUAUCAAUACAUUUACCAAUACAGGAUUGGUCAGCAAGCAACUCCGUCCGCGGUCUCUAACAGUCUUUGGGGGUGCAGGAGAAGCCGUUUCAGAUUUGACAAGUUGUGAGCUGCUCAGAGUGUUGGAUCUUAAAGAAUGUGUUGGUUUGAAUGAAGAACAUCUCCGGUACAUAUACAAGCUGUUGCAUCUGAAAUAUCUGACACUCGGGAGCUCCGUUAGCAAUCUUUCUGUUGAACUGGAAAGACUUCAUUGUUUAGAGACACUCGACGUGGGGAAAACCCAGAUAGUGACAUUGCCGGUGGAAGUCAUUAAUCUGCCCCACCUAGCGCACCUGUUUGGAAAGAUUAAGCUAAACAAGAUUAGUACCAAGAACUGUAAGAAGUUCAUGCAAGGAAAAAGUAAUUUACAGACUCUGGCAGGAGUUGUUGUAGACAACAACUCUAGAUUCCCGGAACUGAUGGUUCAUAUGAAAAAACUGACAAAGAUAAAGCUAUGGUGUGAGAUCACUAGCAUAGAUACGAAUUACACCAUACUCUCAGAAGCCAUUCACAGGUUUGUUCAGGCUGGUAUGGGUAAUCCAGUAGGUUACCGUUCUCUGUCGCUUCAUAUGAAUGAUUGUUCCAAAGAUUUGCUUCAUCGCCACCAAGUUGACAACACAACUGCAACAUCAAAAAAACCUGUUUGUGUUAGCUCCCUCAAACUGCAAGGGAGCCUGAGUCAGUUCCCUCAGUUUGUGAUGUCUCUGCGUGGUCUGAAAGAGCUGUGCCUUACCUCUACUAAUCUGACGAGGGAUGAUCUAUCUACACUGUAUACACUAAAACGCUUGGUUUAUCUUAAACUGGUUGAAGUCCACCUUGCAGGUGAUUUACACAUAAAUCUUGGGAACUUCCGCAGCCUACAACGCCUACGCCUGGCGGUGCAGGAAUCCAGACUCCCCACAAUCAAGCAAGGAGCAUUACUGAGUCACUUAGUUUCCCUUCAGUUGCUAUGUAAAGAUCUACUAGGCCCUUCCGAUCACCUCCAAAUGAAAAGUUUUGGACGUCUUCAGGAAAUCUCUUUGGAUUCUAUGGUCAGCAAAGAAACCAUAGAACUCUGGGAAAAUGAAGCUAGGAUGCACCCUAAGAGGCCAAGGAUUUUAUUGCUAAAAAGGGUUGGUCCAGCUGGGAAAUAUGUUGCAAAUGAUCAGGGAUCCUUGGAGCUGCCAAUGCCCUGCGGCUGCAGUGACAGAUGCUGCAAAGCUGAUCAGGGAUCCCCAGAGGCUCAGAUGCAGGGAACGCCUUGAUUCCUUCUUCCAGGCAAAGAUAGCUUUACUACUCUAAGUUGAUGAUAUGAAGAUAAAAAGAAGAAGACGAAGACCUGAUGUUGAUGGUUUCUCCAUGUGUCUGCUUCCUCUACAACACUUGUCUCCUUGUGUUGUUGUUGAAAGUCCAAUUUGCUUUAUCCAAAUUACGCUAGUACUGGAAUAUUAAUUUCUACGAUGAAGUCCUGUGUGCUUAAGUACUUGUACAGUACCAUUUUUUUCCGCUGAGGCUUUGAUGUGCCGUACAAUACAAUAUACCUGCCAGAGGAAGACAUGUUUAUAGAUUAAUAUUAUUGAGUAUAAUUGAAUAAGUGAGGCAUCAUAACACUAUACA